GCCAUGCAGUUGGCUUUGAGCUUAGGUGACGCACCAAAAAAACCUUUCUGUAAAUCCAUGACUUUUUGCAUGGAUUGGCAGAAAUAUGGAAGAAACAUCUGUAGAGAAGACCAAACCAUCAGAACUAAUCCAGAAAACCGGCCACCGAUUCAGCUCAAUCUGCUGCCUUUAUCAUCACCAUCAAUGGUUACUGAACAAGGGGCUCCGGCAGCACUUUCAUCAUCGUCUCGGAUAGGAUUUUCGAUUUUCAGAAAUUCCAAAAGGAAAAGGGAUGGAUUUAAAAAUACUAUUGCAAACAGCAGUAUGAUCAGUGAAGGUGGUGGAUCAUCAACAAGGGAUAUUUCAAGAUCAAGCAGUCACGAACAAGAAGAAGAAGAAGGACAUCAUGUGAAGAAUGAUAUAUCCAAAAAGAAGCUAAGGCUCACCAAACAACAAUCUGCUUUUCUCGAAGACAGCUUCAAACAGCACAACACACUCAACCCUAAACAGAAGCUAAGCCUGGCAAAGCAGUUGAAUCUUCGUCCACGGCAAGUUGAAGUAUGGUUCCAAAACAGAAGAGCUCGAUCAAAAUUGAAGCAGACUCAAGUAGAUUGUGGGUAUUUAAAGAGGUGGUGCGAGACACUGAGAGAAGAAAACGGGAAAUUGCAGAAAGAGCUUCACCAACUAAGAGCCUCAAAGCCAUUCUACAUGGAGCCUCCGGCAGCUACACUCACGAUGUGCCCGUCUUGUCAGAAGGUGGUUCCCACCACAUUCGUGCCUCCCACUAUACUCUCACUUUCAACUGCUACAUAA